AUGAAAUUCCAAUACAAAGAAGAACAUUCUUUUGAAAAGAGAAAGACUGAAGGCGAGAAAAUUCGCAGGAAGUAUCCGGAUCGUGUUCCCGUGAUUGUCGAGAAAGCCCCGAAGGCUAGACUUGGAGACCUCGACAAGAAGAAGUAUUUGGUACCAUCUGAUUUAACGGUUGGACAAUUCUACUUUCUGAUCAGGAAACGUAUUCAUCUGCGGCCUGAGGACGCGUUGUUCUUUUUCGUUAACAAUGUGAUUCCUCCUACAUCUGCAACAAUGGGCUCUCUGUAUCAAGAGCAUCAUGACGAAGAUUUCUUUCUCUACAUAGCCUUUUCUGAUGAAAAUGUUUAUGGAUAUUAA